AUGGUAUUAGCGCAGCCCAUACGAAAUCUUCUCACCUACACGGGAGUGGAAUGGGAGGAUAAAGUGUACGAGGCAUCCCCUCCCGAUGGUCCUGGAAGGCAGGCCUGGGAGAAUGACAAGACGGACGGACUUGGCCUGGAUUUCCCAAAUCUGCCAUACUACAUAGACGGAGAUGUGAAGCUGUCGCAGUCACUGUCCAUCAUCCGCCAUUUGGGAAGGAAGCACGGCCUUUAUGGGCAGACGGAGGAGGAGCAGUGUCGACAGGACAUGGCCGAACAACAGCAGGGGGACUUCCAGAUGGCCAUGAUUCGUGCGGUCUACUACAAAUUCACGCCUGAGAGCAAAGCUCAAUAUCUGGAGGAGGCUCUUCCGACACAUUUGAAAAUUUUCACCAUGUUCAUCGGCAAUCGCAACUGGCUCCUCGGCGAUCGUUUGACAUAUGUGGAUUUCCUGUGGUACGAAGUCCUGGAUUGGCAACUGUAUCUGGACCCAGAAUGUUUCAAGGACUUCCCAGUCCUGCCAUACUACAUAGACGGGGACGUGAAGCUGUCGCAGUCGCUGGCAAUUCUUCGAUAUUUGGGAAGGAAGCACGGCCUCUACGGGCAGACGGAGGAGGAGCAGUGUCGACAGGACAUGAUCGAACAGCAACAUGGAGACCUCAAUUGGGCCAGGGCGUAUCUUGUCUAUUUCAAUUACAACAAAGAGAAGUAUCUUCAGGAGACUCUCCCGCCGCAUUUGGAGCUUUUCACGAAAUUCAUCGGCAAUAGCAAAUGGCUGGUCGGAGAUCGCUUGACAUACGUGGAUUUCCUGUGGUACGAGAGCCUGGAUUGGCAACUGUAUCUGGGUCCGGAAUGUUUCAAUGACUUCCCGGUCGUCCGUGACUUCAUGGACCGAUUCGAGAGCCUCCCGAACAUCAAGGAGUACUUGAAGUCGGACAAGUUCCAGAAGUGGCCCCUCUUCGGCCCCAUGGCCCAGUGGGGAUACAAGGAAGAAGACAAGAAGCUUCGAUUCCCAGAUGGCUGAAAGACCUCCGUUUCCUUCGCUGUCCUUUCAUUCCGUUCGACGUCUCGCUAUGAAAGCAGUUCGUUCUGAA